UCAGUUUAAAAUCCUGGUAGCGUUUGAACCUCGUGUUAAGUGGCUGUAGUUGUUUUGAUCUUAUUUCGUCUUAUUUUGUUACCUCAGUGAAGCGAAAUAUCGCCGAGAGGAUUUAUAGUCAAGUAAACAAUCAUACUUUUUAGCACCAACUAAAAUGGCUGAUGAAGUAAAUCCCAAAGCUUAUCCAUUGGCUGAUCCAGAUCUGACCAAGUCCAUCCUUGACCUUGUUUCCCAGGCUGCCAAUUACAAACAGCUGAAGAAAGGAGCUAAUGAAGCCACCAAGACUCUGAAUCGUGGAUUGUCGGAGUUCAUCGUCCUGGCAGCAGAUGCAGAACCUCUUGAGAUUCUUCUUCAUCUCCCUCUGUUGUGUGAAGACAAGAAUGUUCCUUACGUGUUUUGCCGGUCAAAGCAAGCUCUGGGCCGUGCGUGUGGUGUGACGAGACCAGUGAUUUCGUGUUCCAUCAUCAAGAAGGAUGGAUCCCAGCUCACUCCUCAGAUCCAGGCCAUGUGUCAGAGCAUCGAGAAACUUCUCAUCUAGUCUUCACUGCAGAGUUCUCUCCCUUGGACAUCUGACAUUUUCACAUUCAUCAAUGUUCUCUUUCUUGUAUUCACUCUGAUUUUAGUUACAAGCUGAUAGUCAGUGUGAAAUGUAAAGCUAUUAAUUGUGGGGCAUUAAAUUUUUAUUAUUUUUUCAUAUGGUAGUUACCAUUUCUUUUGUUGCCUGCCUCAUAUAAAUAAUAUAUAUACUUCACUAAUACUCGAUGUUUUUCAGUAGUCCAGGUGACAAGCAGAAAUUUAGCUCGUGAUCUCAAAAUUCCAGCAGAAAUACUAAAGAUAACUACAGUCCGUCUCAUCCUUCUAUAAAGAUUGUUUUUGUAAAUAAUUUCAGUUUAGUUUGACGUAAAGAAAACAAUGAAAGUGUUUUGGAAAAGCAAAACAAAAAACCCUAUUUUUGUGUGCAAUUUUGAAAACAGUCUGCUCAGAAAUAAAUAACUUGUAGUAAAUUUAUAGUAUGAAAAAAGGCGUUCCCUGUGGGAUGGACUAUAGAUACUAAUCAGUGUUAGUUUAAUUUGUUUUGUUUUUAAAUCUUUGGUAAUAAUUCAGUGUUUCUGCUGAGAAUUCAUGAUGUAAAUGGACAUUUACCAGUUGACCAAUAAUGAAAUAUACCAAGAAUUUGGGUACAUUUUUCAUUAAAUUCAAGUUGAAAUCUCUCUUAAUUAGAUUUUGUUCUUAUUAUUUACAGUCAAACUUGCUCAACUGUUCAUUCUAAGCAUACAUGCAUAGUUUUAUAUAUCAUGUUGAUGUCUUUUAUAAUGCUGCUUGAUACAGUUUCUUCCACUGGUCACUCCAUCUCAUUCGUGUUGUAAACAAACUGGUUUAUGUUUUAUUAAAAGUACUUUAGUAACUAGCUGAACAUUUUGUUAGUUAUGGGGUUAUUGUGUCCAAGGCGCUGUUGUGUACUAAGGCAUAUGUAUGCAAUGUUGUAAAUAUAGACAUAUUAACGACGCUAAGAAUUUCAUGCUUAUGUGUAUGCUGCCAAGGUGGCAAGCCAUUUUCUAAACAAACUCCCAGCUUCAUUUCAUCUUCAUCUCUUGGUUUGUCAUGGAAUCAUUCUAGAGUCAGAUUGGACAGGACGCUUCAGGCUGUUUGAUAAUUCCAAAAUGGCGUCUGGAAGAAUUUUGUUUGUUUUCUCAUCUAUAUGGAAUCUUUUUUUUUAUUAUUACAUUGCUGUUCAGUAUCUGUAUACUGUUUACCAUGAAAUUAUUUUGGGAUGACAUCUUGUAAUAAAUAAUUAAAAAUAAA